AUGGCUCCUCCGGCCGCUAUCACACCGGUCACCCCCGGCACACCUGAGCCGAGCCUCAACAAGGGCGGGCCAGACACCAACCUGACCGCCGCUGCCAUCGUUCACAAGACGUCACAGGCCUCCGAGUACCAGGAGCUCGACGCAUCCAAGCUCAUCUACAACCUCACCACCAGCCCAAGAACCCUGCCGGAUUACGACACGGCCGCCGCCGGCUCCGAGACCGUCUGCACCGACCAUAUGGUGACGGCGACGUGGCACGCAGCCACGGGCUGGUCCGCCCCGAAGAUCCAGCCCUAUGGACCCCUCAGCCUGAUGCCCACGGCCUCGGUCCUCCACUACGCCACCGAGUGCUUCGAGGGCCUCAAGGCGUACCGCGGCUACGACGGCAAGCUGCGCCUCUUCCGUCCAGACCGCAACGCCAACCGCAUGCUCAUGUCGUCGGUGCGCAUUGCCCUCCCUUCGUUUCCGCCCGAGGCCCUCGAGCGCCUCCUCAUCGCCCUCAUGGCCGUUGACGGACCCAAGUGGCUGCCGCGCGAGAGGCCCGGCACCCUCCUGUACCUCCGUCCCACCAUGAUCGGCACCCAGGCCCAGCUGGGCGUGCAGGCCCCCAACCAGGCCAUGCUCUUCAUCACGGCCUCCUACUUCCCCACCAUGGACUCGCCCGCCGGCGGCAUGCGCCUGCACACGUCGCCUGAGGACAUGGUGCGCGCCUGGGUCGGCGGCUUCGGCUACGCAAAGGUCGGCGCCAACUACGGCCCCUCCCUCCUGGCAACCAGAGAGGCCAGGUCCAGGGGUUUCCACCAGAUCCUGUGGCUGUACGGGCCCGAGGGUUACUGCACCGAGGCCGGCGCGAGCAACUUCUUUGUCGUCAUGAAGAACAAGCAGACGGGCCGCCUCGAGAUCGUCACCGCCCCGCUCGAUGACAGGGUCAUCCUCGGCGGCGUCACCCGCAUGAGCGUCCUGGAGCUGGCGAGGUCGAGGCUCGCAGAGGAGUUGGAUGUCGCCGAGCGCCGCUACACCAUCGAUGAGGUCUUUGAGGCCUACGCCGAGGGUCGCAUCGUCGAGUCGUUUGCAUCUGGAACUGCUUACUUUGUCUGCCCCAUCUCUUUGAUCCACCACCGCGGUAAGGAGGUCACGAUCCCCAUGGGUGAAGACGGCCAGGGUGGCAAGUACACCCUGAAGCUGAAGCAGUGGCUUAAGGACAUCAUGUACGGCAAUGAGCAGCACGAAUGGGGAGUUGUCGUGCCAGAGGAGCAGUAA